AGACAGACAUAUUCACAAUAUCAAACUAAUUUUCAGAUAACAUAUUGAUAAUAAUACUCUACAUGUAAAUGGAGGAUUUAAACUAUUUAUUUAAGCAUAAAAUCAUAUCAUACACAAUACAAACAUUUUGAAAAUAACUUUGUGCUGACUUUUAUUUUCAAAAACAAUGAAUAAAAUAGAAGCAUGUUCUAUGUAAAAGAAUAGUUAAAAUGAUUACAUUAAUGAAAGCUGUGUUUGUAUUCAGUGUUCUUAUACACUUUAUUCCCAACUGUUAUGCUCAAAAGGGAAAAUGCACUAAGGUAACUAGUUGUAAAUGCGCGUAUGAGGACGGAGCAAUUGUUGAUCUGACACAGUUAGCAAGUACCGACGGAGGUGCGAGGUAUGAAGAUGUACCCGGAAGUGUCGCUACGACAGUUUACUCAUGGAAUCCAUGUACCAGUUUUACAGAAGGAACAUGUGAAAAUGUUGCGGUAUGUCAAACGACGGAAGAUUUACCUCCGAAUAUUUAUACUUCACUCGGCAGCCAGGAAUCCGCCUUGUUUACCACCGAUGAUGACGGAAAAUUAGCAAUACAGUACAGUGUUGAGAACCAGGGUGUACUAACGACAACAUUGGUCACGUUAGUGUGUGAUGAAAAUUCACAAGAUUCAUUUCAAGUUACCGACGAGGAAAAGCUAGACGCAAAAUAUUUUUUAGAAUUGACCAGUCCACAUGCAUGUCCAACUGGUAUAACAUCAGACCAUCUUUCCGUUGGAACAUAUAUAAUUAUAAUUUUUUCAUCAUUUGUUGCCGUAUUCUUCAUUGUCGGCAUAAUUAUACAAAAGUUUGUUAGAAAGAAAUCUGGCAAAUAUGUUGUACCUUUUGUGGAAUUUUGGAUGCAGCUUCCAGUACUUAUAAAGGCUGGUGUAUUACUAAUUGUCUGUCGUGGUAAACAUGUUGGAUACGAGCAUUACUAACUCUACGAAUGGCUGGGUAUCUCAAGCUUAGUGAGAAGAACAAUAAACAGAAUAAAGGACAAAUUUUAAUACAACUGAAUUAAGAAAUGAACAUUUAUGUUACAUGGCAUAUUCCAUUCCGACCCUUCUGUUUCAUAGUGAAAAUGGAGAAAAUUCAGCAAGUUUUUUAGAUGAAGAGAUAAUUUUGAUGUUCUGCACUUUUGCUCGUCAUCAUCUUACAGUAUAUCGCUAAAUGCAGUCUUAACAUAGGCCCCUACAGAAACUGAAAACCUUACGUCAAAGGCUUGGCGACUACGAAACGUUUAUACAGUUGUAUAUCUAAAAGGUGGAAUCACACCUUGUCAUUCUUAUAGGAAAUUAUGACGAAUAAGGCUGUUACUCUAACUAUCUCAAUUCUCAUAAAGUCAAGUUUAAUCAAUUCUACUUAUCGCCAAUUUGUUUUCAUCAUAAAUACAAAAAUAUGUGUAUUAGAAUAAAUAUAAACUUUUAUUUAAAACUAUACCCACUUCUGAAAAAUGAUACUUUGUCCUGUCCUCAUGGUGUCAUGAUGCGUCCCCGCCAGCACAACAGAAAGAUAACACGACAAAAUGCUAUUUUGUCUAGUCCUCGUGUUGUCGCAUAGGACUCCGCUAGCAUGAGGACACAAAAUAAGGCGCCAUCAUGACAGAAAAAUAUGACUUGUUGUCGUAUCUUCAAGUCGCGUGCUGGCCGGGUCACCAACACGGAGCCAUGACGAAAAUUAUUCAUCGUUCUGUCGUGUUGUUGUUCUAGCAUGUCGACAUCACAACAUGGCAAAAACGAAACACCAAAAAUUUCCGUCUGUAAUUUGUAGUAAAGACUUAUUAGCAGAACCAAGCGGUGCCGCAGCAUCGCACUACAGAAUAUGAAAAAGAAACAACUAUCAAAUUCUUUCUAUCCGCGAAGUUAAUCAAUCUUGCCUUCCGGUCAGUCUGAGUUGUUUGGUUUCAUUCCUACAUACUCUUUCUUGGUAUCAGAAGACGCUUACAGUUUACGGAACGCACUUCCCAUGAACGCAAUUAACUUUCAUAUCCAAGGUACCGUUUGAUUCUGCACUCAACAGUACUGGGGUUUGAUUCAAAUCAGUUUCUUUUUUGGACUUUUUACUUGAAAAAUAACCCAUCAAUUGUCAUUUUUGAACAGAAAAAGUGUUUACGUGUAUACGGUGUUUUGUUUUGCUGUCAGGUUAUAUUCCAAACUGUUGUAACGAAUGUGCAAAGUUAUCUCCCUUUAAUUUAGUUACGCCAUUUAUAAAUAAAGACGCAAUUAUAUAUUUUUAUUUUUAAAUUGCAGUCAUUUAGAAAAGUGAUAAACCUGCGUAUUAUAUGUAACCUUGUUUUGUAUUUGAACACGUUUACGUUUUCAUGGUAUAUUUGACCCAUAAUUAAAUGUUACAAUAGGUGCUCUAUAAGGAAAUACAUGUAUAGUCAAACGCUCAAAACAAUAAAAUUAGAUCUAC